ACAACAAGGUCAUUUUACCUGAAGAACUGCCACUUGCUGCAUUGUUUUCUUACCAUUCACAUUUUAGUUGUGUGUGAAAAUCCUUGUCCAUCAGUGUCUCUCAACCACAUUCCUGGAGGACCACCAGCUCUGCACAUUUUCCAUGUUUCCUUAACCAAACACACCUGAUUCAGAUCAGCAGAGGUUGAAAGACCUGUAAUGGGCGUAACAGACAACAGACAUCUGACAUAAAAACAUGCAGUGUUGGUGGGCCUCCGGGAACGUGGUUGAGAAACCCGGCUGUAGAUCAUCAGUUUCUGAAAUCAUCAGUUUGACCUUAAGCUGAUCAUCUUGACCACGUCUACAUUCCCAAAUGUGUUGCAGUUAUCUGAUUGACUAAUUAGAUAUUUGCAUUGAAUUUCAUUUCAGUGAGCAAUUGAACUGGUGUACCUAAUGAAAUGGCCGAUUAGUGUUAAACAUCUUGCUGAAAUCUUCAAGUAAUUCAUGUUUAUUAUUUCCAGAAAUCCUGAUGUUCAGACAAUAGUGUUUUAUAACUAGAAUAUGAUCUCUUGUUUGUUUCCUUGUUAUUGUUGAAACUUUGUUAUUUCCUCCUACAAAUGCAAAUCAUUUUCAGAUGACCUACAACAGAGGAACUGCCACGAUCUUGUGUAGCUGCAACACUGAACUUGAGAGGUUUUUGACUUCCUCUUUGUAGGCCGUUAUAAAAACAGGAAGCGUACGUGUUAGGAAAGAACAAUUCAGCUGUAGUUUCACCAAGGUCCUGAAAUCACAUGGUGUUCCACUUUAUUCAGAGGAAACAUCUCUGCGUCUGGGACUCCAGAUAAUGGCUGACGCUCCACAGAACAACUCUGAAUGUUCCUCAUCUGGCCAGACCGAAGCUUCAGCUGGAGGUCUGAGUUUGCUGGAGAGCUCGACGCAGGAGAGCCGAGAAGAUGGCCAGGUUUUGUUUGAGGACUCUGUGUUUGCUGGUUGUUUGCAAGAUGGACUGCACGGCCUGUGUCUGGAGGACAGCUUGACGGAUGUGAAUCUCCAUGUACAGAGUCAGAGCUUCAAGUGCCAUCGAGUGGUCCUCGCUGCAGCCAGUCAUUAUUUCAGAGCAAUGUUCUGUAACGACCUGAGAGAAAAGCAUGAAGAAAAUGUAAAUAUUAAAGGCCUUGAUGCUGACACUAUGAGAAUCCUGUUAGAUUACACUUACAAGAGCAAAGUCACCAUCACCAAAGACAAUGUUCAGAGACUGCUUGAGGCCGCCUGCCUUUUUCAGUUUCCGCGUAUUGUGGACGCCUGUGCCAGUUAUCUCGCAGAAGCUCUUCAUCCGGAGAACUGUGUGGGGAUCCUGCAUCUGGCCGAUGUUCACUCACUCGAGUCUCUAAAAACACAAGUUCACUCCUACAUUGUCCAGAACUUCUCCCAGGUGGUGGAUCAUGAAGAGAUCCUGGAGCUUCCCGCGGACGUGUUGGUCAGUCUGAUCCAGCAUGAUGAUUUGGGGGUUACGGAGGAGGAGCAGGUGUUUGAUACGGUCAUCCGCUGGGUGAAGGCUCGAGAGGAUGACAGGACAGCUCUGCUGCCUAGCGUCCUCACACAUGUGCGGCUGCCCUUGCUGGACCCGUGGUUCUUCGUGGAGCGAGUGGAGGGAGACCCACUGAUCCGCCAAUGUGCAGAGGUUUUCCCACUGCUGCAGGAGGCCCGAGUUUAUCACCUCUCAGGAAAAGAGGUGAUCUCUGAGCGCACCAAACCGAGAGUGCAGGAGUUUCAGUCGGAGGUGUUUAUGAUCAUUGGAGGAUGUACAAAGGAAGAAAAGUUUGUAUCAGAGGUCACCUGUCUGGACCCGCUGCGCAGAAGCCGCUUAGAGGUUGCAAAACUGCCAAACACAGAGAUGGAGUCUGAGAGUGAAAACAAGAAGUGGGUGGAGUUUGCAUGUGUCACAUUCAGAAACGAAGUGUACAUCUCAGGUGGCAAGGAAACUCUGCAUGAUGUGUGGAAGUAUAAUGCAUCACUGAACAAAUGGAUCCAGAUUGAGUUCCUCAACACAGGCCGCUGGAGACACAAGAUGGCAGUCGCUGCUGGAAAGGUGUAUGUUUUGGGUGGCUUUGAUGGAACCCAGAGAUUGAACUGUGUUGAAGCCUAUGAUCCUUUUCACAACUGCUGGUCAGAGGCAGCGCCGCUCAUGUUGAGUGUGAGCUCUUUCUCUGCUGCCAGCUUUGACAAAUGCAUCUACGUGAUUGGUGGAGGUCCUAAUGGCAAGCUGGCCACAAACAACAUGCAGUGCUUCGACUCACAAUCAAAUAAAUGGAGCCUUAAGUGCCCGAUGCCGACUGAGGCCAAAUGCACAAAUGCAGUGACCUUUAAGGAUGCCAUUUUUGUUGUUGGUGGAGCGAUGAAGGCUUUGUAUUCCUACUGUCCUCUGGUAGACUCGUGGACGCUGAUAAUCCAGCUGGGCUGUGAGAGAGCCAGCUGUGGCAUUGCUGCAUGCAACAACAAGCUCUUCAUUACUGGAGGCCGCGAUGACAAGAAUGAGGUGAUCGCGACAGUUCUCUGCUGGAACCCGGACACAAAGAAGUUGACAGAGGAGUGUGUGCUUCCACGUGGAGUCUCUCAUCAUGGCAGUGUGACUAUCAGGAAGUCCUACACGCAUAUACGCAGAAUAACACCUGGAACUGCCACUGGAUGACACAUAUAUCAGCUGAAGAGUGCAGUUUUACAGUAUGUAUAGUGGAGACUUUGUUCUUUAGCCUGCUUGUUAGAGCGCCUGCCUUAGUGUGGAACUGAAAGUGUUACAUUGGGCUCUUCUAACAUUUAUCAAGCCCUAUAUGAUCAGGUUUAAAUGGAAGCCCUUAGACUGGCUUUCUUGUUCUCUUGGUGUUAACUUUUAAGUUGAGAUCUUGAUAAAAUGUAAUGUCAAGAACAAAACAUGUUGUGAUAAUAAGAAGAGAUCAAUGCUGCGUCCCAAUUCGCAUACUAUCCGUCCUAAAUAGUAUUUAAAAAUAGAAUUAGUAUGUCCCAAAUCGUAGUAUGUUGAAAAGAGUAUGCCAAAGGUUCCUGAAUGGUUUACUAUUUCUGGUAAAAAUUAAAAAUGUAGAACCAUCCAUACUCUAACCCAGUGUUUCCCAACCCUUUUCCUGGAGGCACACCAACAGUACAUAUUUUGGAUGUCUCCCUUACCUGACUAAUUAACUUCAGGUUUUGGAAUCUCUUCUUAUGUUCUAAUUACGUGAUUCAGGUGUGUUUGAUUAGGGAGACAUUGAAAAUGUGUACUGUUGGUGUGCCUUCAGGAACAGGGUUGGGAACACUGCUCUAACCUGAUAUUGCCCACAGUACAUUUGCACGUUGGACGUGAAUUUGAUUAGAACUACAAACGCUGGUGAAAAGAGUAAAUAAACUACAAACAUGGCAGAUGAACAAGACCAACCGUCAAGUUGAGAGGUUUCGGUAAAGAUGUUUGCAUGACUGUUAAUUAAUAUCUAGCCAACUGGAAAAUAUUUAAAUCGUGUUUUCUGUGUUAUAUUUCAUCUGCAACAACAAUACUGAACUUAUAUAAGGACGUGUUUGGACAUUAACGUUUGAAUGCAUAAAGACCUGAGGAGAUUUCUCUGCAUGAAAAACUUGUGAAUAGCAGAUUAACCUGCCGCUGCUUCUCCAGUAAGAUAGGAAAUUAAAUAUGACAGAAAUGUGGAUGAUGUGUGGAUGAUUGGCAGGGCUCAUAACUAAGCAACACAAUGAUCUGUUAACCGAGAGUAGUAUGUCCCAAAGCUGCUAUACUCUUCUGUUACACACUCAAAAGUAUAUAUUUUUCCUUCACAAAAAAGUACAUACUUUUUAAAGCUUAGUAUAAAUAUGUGAAUUGGGACGCAGCACAAGUUAAAAAGAUCAAAACUGUCGAAAUAAUGAAAAAAAAAAAAAGGUCUGGAUUAAAAAAAUUAAGUUGUGUCAAUGGAAAACUUAAGUUGAGAUGGUGAGUACGUUUCAGCUAUGAUGAUGAGACAACUCGAUCAUGCACUGUAAAUAAAAUUACAUGGAAGACUUCAUUUUUAAGUUGAAUCAAAUUAACAUUCAGAGAUAUUUUACCUGAUUUAAAAUAAUUUUCUAAGUUGAAACAUGAUUAUCUUUUAAUAAGUUAUGAUUAACAAUAAUGUUGGUUGUUUCAAUAAUAUUUUACAGUGAGUAAAUAUUACUAUAUUUAUAAUAUUGAUAGAAGUUUAACUUUAACUUUAAAGUUGUUAUGACUAGAAAACUUUGUGAUUACAAGCAAAAUUAAGUCGUGACAACCUGAAAACAGUUUAUGCUGAGAUUGUGAUAAAACAAUUAUAAUUUAAUAUAAUUUAAUAUAAUUUUAAUAUUAAUAUUUUUUUUCGUUGUUGAGAUGGUGCAAUAAUGCAAAAAAAGUAUUACAAAAUGGUCGAAAAAAAAAACCCAUUUUGUUUACAAGAAAAUCAUCACGAUAAUAAGAACAUUUGCUAAAUCUGGAUCAUGAAAUGGUCAGAAUAAUGAGAAAACUUUUCAUAUCUUGUAAAAAUUUGAAUUAUGAUUGUGAGAACUUAGGUUGUGAUCAGAGCAAAGAAGAAUUAUUACACUGAUAUUAUAAGUCGCAAUAGCUAAAAAAAAAUUAUAGUUUCCACGAAAAUAAAGUACUA